GGCGUGCUUUCGGACUGCGCGCAAAAUCAGACGGAGGACAAGAAAAAGUAGCAAACGUCUCACUUUUAGACGCUUUAGUGAGGGAAACUUUGAGGAGAACUUUUUCAUCUGACGCGGGCUGGUUAACGCUCAAUUUUGAGAAGGUUAAAAAAAAAAAAGAUCUUCUGGUUUGGUCUCCUUCUCGCUUCUCCUGUGGUGGACACAAUGAGGCAGUGUGUCCUUGCCGGAGACAAUGCAGCGAGAUGCUCCGUGGACGACGUUUCCCCCACCAUCACGCCGCUCGGCCACGACGACAGGCAGACAGAGCAACGUAAUGCCGCACACUGAUCCUCUAGAACUCGAGUUUCCACGCCAGGACUCAAACAAUGAAGAUCAAAUAUGCCAUCGUCUUCAUCUUUAUCGUGGCUCUGGUCAUCAUCGAAAAGGAAAGCAACAUUAUAUCGAGUUGGUUUCUCACCAGGGUGUCUGAUAAGAUGAUGCAGAGGCAAACGCCGCAGCAGACGCCGCAAUCUCCGCUGGAUUAUGGCAACACGACACAAAACAGUCUGACCGCAUUCUCCGAAGUCAAUGCUACGAAAAAGAGUAACGCCAAUCAAACAGAGGAGCAGCAUGAGGAAGAACCGGAAAAUCCGAAUGGUGGUCGUAAGCACAUCCUACUCAUGGCCACCACGAGAUCGGGUUCUUCAUUCGUGGGCGAAUUCUUCAACCAGCACGGAGACAAUAUGUUCUACCUCUUUGAGCCUUUGUGGCACGUAGAACGCAUGUUGACCACCAUGACAGACAACAACAACAACGGCAGCCAGUUGCCGGGAAUUUACCAUGACGUACUUCGCGGCCUCUUCCUGUGCGAUUAUUCUCCCCUGGAGAAGUACAUCUCACCGCCUCCCCAGAACCACGUGACGCCAUCGCUGUUCCGUCGAGAGUCCAGUUCAUCGCUGUGCGAGGAAAAUGUCUGCACUCCUGUCGUCAAGGACGUUUUUGAGAGGUAUGCCUGCAAAAAUCGGCGCUGCGGCCCGCUCAACUUGACCCUGGCUUCCCAGUCUUGCCUCACCAAACAACACCACGCCAUCAAGACCGUCCGUGUCCAUCAGUGGGAAACCCUGCGGCCACUGGUGGAGGACCCUCGCCUGAACAUUAAAAUCAUUCAGCUAGUCCGCGACCCACGUGCAAUAUUGGCGUCACGCAUGGUGGCGUUCUCCUCAAAUUACCAAACAUGGAAGGCGCUGGUGCAGACCGGCCGGGUGCCCGAGAACAACGACGAGGUUAAGAAGCUCCAGGGAAACUGCGACAACAUCAGAUGGUCCGCCGAGUUGGGGCUGAGCCAACCUCGCUGGUUGAGGAAACGCUACAUGUUGGUGCGUUACGAGGACAUCGCUCGCGACCCCAUGCAGAAAGCGGAGGAGAUAUACAGAUUCGCCGGUAUCCCCUUCAGUCCCCAAACUCGGGAGUGGAUUCUGAGGAACACCCAGGCCUUGCAGGGAGCCAGCGGGAUCUACUCCACGCAGAAGAACUCAUCGGAGCAGGCCGAGAAAUGGAGAUUCAGCGUUCCUUUCACACUGGCUCAGAUGGUGCAGCAACUCUGCGGACCAACCAUGAAGCUGUUUGGCUACAAGUUUGUGGACGAUGCAAAGACGCUCCUCAAUAAGUCCAUCAGUUUGGUGGAGGACAAGACCUUUCUGUAAAAUGUGAGGGUGUGUGUGUGUAUGAAUUUGAGCCGUGAGAAGCCUUCACUGCACAGACCAAAAUGCCUACGCUGCCUACAAGGUGCCUCCUCGGAACACUGAAUGUUUAAACCACCUAUUUAUUUUCUUCUAUGGCCAUUGAGAAGACAUAUUUACACCUCAUUAAUGAAGAGAUUUUACUGAUAGCUUAUUAUAUUUCAAUUGUCCGGGAUUGACUCCUGUUGUUGUGUGGGUUUGUCUAUGUGUGUGUACUGCAUGUCAAUAUUUAUGAUGAGGCUGUGAUUGCUCCACAAAACAAAUAGAUGUAGAAUAACUGUUGGCUUGGUACUCAGGUAAAGCAAAUGUAGCAAUGCCACAGAAGAAUCCAACCAAAUGUCGUUGAAUGGAAUGCUGAUGUGACCUACUGUACGUACAGUAAGUACAGCUACCACAGUAUGAAGUCUUUAUCAAGAUUUAUAAUUCAAGUAUUUUAAUGUGUGAAGUACGUUGAAGUCUAAAGUUAUUAUAGAUUCUAGAUCCAGUAUAAACAUGAGAAAGAUCAAAUGAUGGCUUUUGUAGUUCUAUGUUGUCAUGACGUGAAGAAAGUGAAUAAUAACACCUCCCAGACCUGACCUGCGAUAUGAUUUUAGUGAGGCCCCUGCACCUGCUUUUGACGCGCCUGGUUGGCGCCAUGAUUCCAUAGACGUGACAGUCGUCAAAGCAACACGAGUCUUGACCUUGUAAGGAAAAGAGCCCAACUUCGAUACAACAGGUUGACGUAACGCUUUGCGACUGCUAGCCGAGCUCUCCGGGCUGACCUAGCCUUCGCUCAGGCAGGCUUGGAAUAAAGUUCUUUGUUCAACUGGUUUGCCUCAUCGGAUGCGCUUCUUCAUCAGAUCAUCAUCAUGACCAGGAGGACCCCGGGACCCUAACUUGCAGACUUUCCAGACCUCUUGGUGGC